CAUGGCUAAUAGAAUGUUUCUAUAGUAAAACCAUGGUUAAAUUACAUAUGGAAAAUUAUAGCCUUUAUCUCUAUAUCUAACCUGGGUAUAGAUAUUAGGGUAUCUAAUGCCUGGGUAUGACAUCAACGUGAUCGCGCGUAUCACUUCACUGUGAUUUUAAUAGCGUUUUAUUAUACGUAUUUUUUUUUUUAACAUGGUAAUAUACAGUAUAUCGAAGAACGAUGGCAUUACUAUCUGAUACCAUCAAUCCACCAUGUUACCGCCACAGUACGUUAUUAAAGGCUUUAAGACUAUGUUUAUAAAAGACACUGUGCACAAAGCAUGAGCGCGCUUGCUCAUUUUAGGUCGCGCGCAUUAUCCCAGUCGCGAGCGUUGUUACUUUAAGAGCGUUUUUAUUCACAUACACAUAUUUUUAUAUAUAUAAUACAUUUAUCCUGUGCAUUGUAACAUAGACCAACGUCAUAAAGCCAAAAGUACAAAGUUAGGCAGGAACGUUUAUUUUCCCCGCAUCAUGGUGAAGAUCAGCUUUCAGCCCAUCGCUGGACAAAAACCAGAUAAAGAAGAGAUUAAUGGAGAUAAAACUCAAAUAUUCAUACCGCAUCCACACGUGGAAGAGGAGCUGGUCUUGCCUGUCGGUCGGAAACGCUCCUCUUUGAGUGAACUCUGCUGUCUGACAACUGCACUGAUUGUCUUCACCUGCAGUCUGAUCUACGCAUCAAUAUAUAUCUACCGAUACUACAUCAUUCCUCAGGUUCCAGAUCAAAGUCGGUUCCACUGCCGUGUGGUCUAUGAGGACUCUGUGUCGGCUCCACUGCGAGGGUCUCACGAGCUGGAGGAAAACGUGGGGAUUUACCUGAAGGAAAACUAUGAGCAAAUCAGUGUGCCUGUGCCCGACUUCAGCAACACAGACCCUGCUGACAUAAUUCAUGAUUUCCACAGGGGUCUGACGGCCUACCAUGAUAUCGCCUUAGACAAGUGUUAUGUCAUCGAGCUCAAUGCCAGUGUGGUAAUGCCACCUCGUAACCUCUGGGAACUACUCAUCAACGUCAAGAAAGGGACUUACCUUCCCCAGACGUACAUUGUCCAAGAAGAAAUGGUUGUGACUGGCCGUGUUAAUAACAUGCAUCAGCUCGGACGGUUUAUUUACCGUCUGUGUAAUGGUAAAGAUACGUACAGGCUCCGCCGUCGCACCUCUCGCCGUCGUAUCAACAGGCGUGCGGUGCAGAACUGUCACAGCAUCCGUCACUUUGAGAACACGUUUGUGGUGGAGACCGUGAUUUGUGAGACCCCAUAGGCUGCUUGUGCCUUUGCUCCUCCCAUUUCUGAUGAGAUCACAGUUGUUGGUCUCAGUAGCCACACCCACUUUGAAAAUCACCCACUUUACCUCUGACCACUCUUUUUGUAUUUCUCUCUCUCUCCCUCUUUCAUUACACCUGUUCCCUUAAAUGUGUCGAAUAUUUGCAAUAAUGAUCAUUCUCAAAAGAGUGCAUCUUAAAUCCAAACAUGGUAGCAUCUGAUUAAAUGGGAAUUAAGCUCAGAGUGUGAGUGUAUGUGUGUUUACACCCAUGCCUGCAUGCUUGUACCUGUAUGUGGCUGGCUAUUUGUGCUUUGUCAAUUUCCUCUUUGCUUUUUUGUAUAUUUGUGUGCUGUUAGAUCUAAACUCUUCACUCAUUUGUUCUCAACUGGUGGAUCGUGACUCAGAUAUGGGUUGCACUUAAAACUUAACUGAUUCUAGUGCUAGUAAAAGCGUCACAUGCCUCAUUACAUUUAUCAUAAAUGUUCACAUACUCUACUAUCUCAAUAUCCAGUUCACUAUAAUGUCAUUAUAUCACUUCCUGUGACACUUCCUCUUUCCUUCUUUCUUUCACCCCCUCUUUGUAUCUAUCUGCAUGCUUUUUAAGAGAACACACACAUCAUUUUCAGUAUUUUCUUAUCUUAUGAACAAAGCCUUAGGCCAGAUUCAUGCCCUGGACUAAUGUAUACAAUCUCUAAAUAUAUUUGUGUUUAUGUGUGUGGGUGUUGAAGUUACCAGAUCUUGUUUAGUUGGGUGAUGCAAACAUGCAAAUAAACCAAUUAAUCUAAUUGUCGCUGAGCAUCUUUUUUUUCUAUUUCAAAACGUCGACAGCAUGGGCGUUCAUCCAUUCAGCCAACCACAUCUU